ACCGUUGCAAAGCUUACCUUAGCCACUCUCUUCCAGCUCCAACAACCCUCAUCCUCGAUUUCUUCUUUUUGUCUCUUAUCAUUCUUUUCGUCUCAAGUAAAAUCACAAUGUCUAUAGCAGCGCCAAUAAUCACGUUCAAGGCGGGUAUCUGUGAUCUCGAUACUUCUGCCAACCCACCCCAAGUUAAACCAAAGCCAACUCCAGGUUAUAUUUAUCUCUAUUCAGAAGAUGAUCUCAUUCAUUUCUGCUGGCGGCCUCGAUCUGCUCCAAUCACCGAGCCUGAGUUGGACUUAGUAAUGGUGCCAUCCGACGGCACUUUCACCCCGUAUCGCUCUACUCAAGCCAAUACUCACGCUCCCACAAAUGGGCGUAUCUACGUUUUGAAAUUCUCUUCCAGCUCACAACGAUAUCUUUUCUGGCUACAGUCCAAGAGCCAACAUGAGCGCGGCGACCUUUCAUACUUCAGUCCGCGAGACUUGAAAUUAGGAGAGAUUGUCAAUACACUGCUACAAGGAGAGGAGGUCGAUGUACAGCAGGAGAUUGCGAAUUUACCUUCGAACAACCGCGGUGGGGAUGAUGGCGAUGAUGACGCUACUAUGGAAGACGUAGAAGGGACACAUCAUACCAGCGAACACCAUGGGGGUCACGGCAGCGGCGGCGCUGGUUUUGACGCAACUGGUGGUGAUAUUCGUGAGGAAGGAGAAGAAUCCCGUGAAGGCGGUGCAGAUGGUGGUCGAGCGGCUUCUGCUGCUCAACCCGAUGCAUCUUCGGUGAUACAAGGCCUUCUGAACUCUCUUCAAGGAGAGAUUCAACCGGCUCAGUCUCGAAGUGAUGAAUACCUCUAUACUACUCUCGCCGACUUGUUAUCACCUUCAUCGACUAUUCCCAUGAUUGAAUCCGCCGAUGAUGAGAAAGUGGACCACUUGUUGAGCUUUCUCCCACCGUCCCUUCUUCUCUUAGCACAGAACAUCGACGACAUACCUGUAUCCGACAUGAACGCGGAGACAGCACAAGCAGUCCUUCUAUCCCUUGAUCUCGAGCAAAAGAGGGAUAUUCUCCGGCGUGUGUUGCGGUCCCCACAGUUCACCCAGAGUCUGGGAAGUCUUACCGUUGCUAUCAGAGACGGCGGCUUGCCUAGUAUUAGCGAGGCACUCAAGAUUCCGGUUGAAAAUGGAGGGUUUGUCCGCAGGGGCGGCGUUCCUCUAGGCAGCGGAGUUGCAGUUGAAGCUUUUGUGGAAGGAAUUCACAAGCAGGUCACGGAAAAGGCUCAUGGCAGCCGAGGAGACACAAUGGAGACUGACUAACGAACUUUUUUGAAUGUUCCAUAAUCAGAGGCUUAUUUUCGGGCCUCAAUGAUAUGCUUCAAGGUUAAAGCUUUAAUGCUCCAUACGACAUAUUGACCUGGAUAUACACAUAUGCAGUCUAUGCAGCUUCUGCAUAAAAGUAGACAGACUUUAGUCUAACUAAUAGAAGAGUUACCUUGAUGUG